AUGGUGACCAGGAGGAAGAUGAAGCUGCUCACCUUCCUGGUUCUCCUCAUCUUCAUCUCCUUCUUCCUAAACUACUCCCACACGGUGGUGACCACCACCUGGUUCCCCAAGCAGAUGGUCCUGGGGAUCUCGGAGAACUUCUGGAAGUUCAUGAAGCUCCCACAGAGGCCCUGCACCUGCAGCCGCUGCAUCAGCGAGCUCCGGGUCUCCAGCUGGUUUGAUGAGAGGUUCAACCAGACGGUGCCGCCACUCUUGACCUUGCACAACUCGCUGCUGGAGGAGGGGACCUACAGCUGGUGGCUGAAGCUCCAGCGGGAGAAGAACCCCAAGAACCUGAAUGACACCGUUAAGGAGUUGUUCAGCGUGGUGCCAGGCGAUGUGGACCCCACGCUGGAGAACGAGGCGGUGGGCUGCCGGCGCUGCGCCGUGGUGGGCAACUCAGGCAACCUGAAGGAGUCUCAGUACGGCUCGCAGAUCGACGAUCAUGACUUCGUGCUGAGGAUGAACAAGGCCCCCACCGUGGGGUUUGAGGCCGAUGUGGGGAGCAAGACCACCCACCAUCUUGUGUACCCCGAGAGCUUCCGGGAGCUGGCUGAGAAUGUCAGCAUGAUCCUGGUCCCCUUCAAGAUCACUGACCUGCAGUGGGUGAUCAGUGCCACCACCAAGGGCACCAUCUCCCACACCUAUGUCCCUGUCCCCACAAAGAUCAAAGUGAAAAAGGAGAAGAUCCUCAUCUACCACCCGGCCUUCAUCAAGUACGUCUUUGACAGCUGGCUGCAGGGUCACGGGCGGUACCCUUCCACUGGCAUCCUCUCGGUCAUCUUCUCCCUGCACAUCUGUGACGAGGUGGACUUGUAUGGCUUUGGCGCCGACGGCAAAGGGAACUGGCAUCACUACUGGGAGAACAACCCAUCAGCCGGCGCGUUCCGGAAGACCGGGGUGCACGACGGGGACUUCGAGUCCAAUGUGACGGCCACUUUGGCGUCCGUCGGCAAAAUCCGCAUCUUCAAGGGGAGAUGA